UUUAAAAAUCUAUAAAUAGUCUUAAACACGAAUUAUAUAUAAUGAACAGAGGUAUGAAUCAUGAAUGAAAAAUAGUUAAAACUUAAAACAAAUUUUUCUGCGGAGUUGAAAACGGGCGUGAGUUUAAAUGGCUGUGGCCGGCCUACAGAGAGAUGGAGAUGUUCAAAGCAGGACACGACAUCGGAUGCAAGCAAACAGGCGGACGCUACAGAUACAACACCGUCAAGCCCCUGAACCCUGAACACGUUGAACAGGCCCUGAGGCACUACCAGAGGAAGAUCCCCAACUGCCGGUGCUUCCUCAAGAAACGAGACGGGAAGCUGUGGGUUUGCGAGGACCCGAAUCCUGAGAUUGACUUCGAGAAAUCUCUGGCGUCCUUCACGGCAAAGUGCAGAGCCAAUGGCGUGACGUUUAACAGCGGAAUGGAGGCUGUGAUUAAUACCGCCAUUGUAGAGAUGGCGAGGGAGGCGGGAGUGGAGGGGGAGGCUCACCACAUGAGCAUCAAUCUAGCGACGGAUCUCAGACGCUACAUGAAGCGCCGUCCCCUCCCGAUCCUCGGCUUGCACGUGCGCCCCACUGUGCAUAGGAUGGAGACGCCCUUCGACGUCCGGGACAACUUCUGGGACUACACCAGGAAGCUCCACCAGAGGCUCUCGGUUCUCCUGAAGUCCGGCGAGGCCCUUCAGCAGAGCGUGGUGAGGGAGAUGACUCUCCAGCAACUCCCCCCUGUGGAACACCACGCAGCAGGGAUCGUAGCCCACCUAGACUACGGCCUCAUUAACGUCGGGGAUCUGACAGCUGUUAUUCCAGGCGUCGGGGAGCAACUCCAGCAGACGGACCUCGCCAUGAUCGGUUGUACACACUCCUUUGGAUUUCCGAUGCUUCACCAGAUCUACACCUUCCGAGGACAUUCGCCCUACACACUCGCCUACGAUCCGUCCUACAUGGCGAAGGAGACUGCUGUAGUAAUCACGGACAGGAUUCUGAGACUUAUGCACGACCUUGGGACAUCGCCCUAAGGAGUUAGAAACGAAGGGGAUUAAUAGCAGGAGUGACCAGACAGGAAACUUUGUCUUUCCUCCGCACUUCUUAGAGGAAAAGUUCUCGAUGACUGUGAGAACACAAGACAAUUACUUUUAUAGAUUCAGAUGCGAAUUUAUGCCAGUACUUGCUCUCUUUCCACAGAACACAUUCUGUUUAAAACAAUUAAAACAAGAAAAAAUGGAAAAAAAAAGAAAAAACAAGAAGCCGAAGGACAGAGAAACGGACAGGUAUUUACAUCUAGGUCCCAAUUGUUAUAUCUUUGAGCCUUUGUGAAGUAAAGAAGCUGGAUUCGAAAAGGAAAAUACUAGAAUUAAAGAAAUGCAGAAAUGAACAUAUUAAUAGAGAAAUGAACUGUGUGGAAAUUUAGGUCCCAAGUUUAGACUUACUAAUAGGGUAUAUGUAAAUCAUGAACUUCAGUCUCCAUUUCUGAUAGGUUAAUAUAAAUCUUCGAAAUCAAAUGGUAUAAUUUCAUUGGGAUUUUUACAAUUCUGUUUUAUUUGUCUCUAAUUGUUCGUAGUGAUUACUUAGUAGUGUCUAUAUUUACUAGUAAGGUAAAUUGCAAAAUAAAUGACGUCAUUUGUGUGACUUCGGUAUUACAAAAUAUCGAUAUAAUUUUUAUUAUUGAAAUAAUAUGAUUUGUUUUGCUAUUUCGCAGACUGAGUGUAUUUUUUGACUGCAUUUCGUGACACGAUUACGAAAGACAAUAUAUUGAAUACAUUAUUAGAUUUUAGAUACACGACGAUGGGGAACAUGCUAUUAAAUCCUGAAUGAAUUAGGAGAUGAGAUAUAUCAUAUGACGAUGGAUUAAUGUAAUAUUAGUUUAAUUCCUGAAUAAAUUGAAUAUUGAAUAUAUGACAAUUGGUAAAUAUUAGAUAUUGAUUCAUGAACGAAUUAAGAUCUUAGGUAAAGGACGAUGGGUUAGUAUAAAAUAUUAAUUCCUGAACUGCAUUGCGAUUUUAUAUAUAUGACGAUAGCUUAAUAUAUCAACAAUGAUUCAUUCCUGACUGAAUUAGACUAUAGAGAAAUUCUCUCUUACAAGACUUACUAUUUAUCGUAUGAACUUAUAUUUUAAGUGUGUUUUAACCUUAGACUUAAGAAUAUAAACAGAGAGGAAUUUUGAGUUGGCAGCUGAUAGAUAGACAAUUCUUAAUCUGUUGUUUAUUAUGUGUUAAGAAAAUUCAUUUCUAGAUAUUUGAUUUUUAUUUUGUUUUUUUAUGAGGUGGAUAAUGACAUGUGCUUUUCAGUAGAAUAGAAUAGAAGAGAACAGAAUAUAAUAAAAAAAAAAAAAAAAAAAAAAAACGGAAAAUAUCAUCGUAUCUAUUUGUCCUUGAACAAAGGCCAUACAUAAGAAAGGAUUUAAUUUUGUUCUAACUUCUGCUGUACGAAGAUUAAAUGAUGAAUGUAAAUGAUGAAUAGAACAUCAAAAUAAAC